UUAGUUAUGUUUUAAAUAUGGGGCUGUGAUAACUUUCAACAGUCAGAUUUUUUGCGCCGUCACCUAAAACUACAUAUUUAUAGGGUUGGGUGGUAUCUAGAUUUUCAUUCGCUUUGUGUACCAUACCGGGGUAUACAGUAUUACCAGAAGUGCGCACAAGGGGUUCCAUUUUUAAUUGCACAAAACAACUUGGACAACUGGGAUCUUGAUCCAGGAGGGGAUUGAAUCCUUCAGAAAGAUGAGUCCCUAGACAAAUCCGUUGACUCCUUCUGCACUUAUUGUAAAAGGCUUGACAGGUGAAAACUGGUGGAAGUUCAUCAUUGGGGUGGGUUUUCAGAUCAGUACAGAUAAAGAGGUAAGGACAGCAUUUUGGUAUUUGAAAGAGUGUCUCAUGGUGAAGUACUCAAACAGCUGACAUGUCAGGUCACCCAUUACAGAGGCAAUACACUUCCUGUGGGGGAUGGAAGUUUAGGGCUUAGAGUUGAUUACCUGCACUCAGGAGGCAGCAGGCAGACAAGGAGAAAGGACUAGGAGACAGAAGACGACAAGCCAAGGGUAAGACUUAAUGUAAAUAUACUUUCAUUUAGAUUUUGGAGCAAGUGAAAGAGCAGUGGUGACCAGUGUCUGAUUUUGGGGUGUCAAGUAUGCGAAGCAUGCACUAUUAACCUAUGAUGGUGUGCAAUACCCAUCUGUACAUGGGCUACCUGAGCCUAUAUGAUGCACUGCUGCAAUUUCAAUCAGCCUAUUGACCCUGGAUAUUUAGGCUAUUAGUUGAUUAAUCGUGGUAUCCUGUAUUAAGGCCUUGUGAUGUCAUUGAUUGGCAAGAAAAAGGCUAAUACAGAACGACUGGUAAAAAGCAACAGGAACAUGUAUUUUUAAGUGUGAACACAGUACACAGGGUGUUAUGUGAGGUGUAACUAACUUAAGUCUACUUAAUUGCAGUGGUGGAAAGAGUACCCAAUUGUCAUACUUGAGUAAAAGUAAAGAUACCUUAAUAGAACAUUUCUCAAGUAAAAGUGAAAUUCACCCAGUAAUUUACUACUUGAGUAAAAGUAUUUGGUUUUAAAUAUACUUAAGUAUCAAAAGUAAAUGUAAUUUCUAAAAUAUUGAAAAAGUAUAAAUCAUUUAAAAUUCCCUAUAUUAAACCAGAAGGCAGCAUUUUCUUGUUUUUUAAAUGUACAGAUAGCCAGUGGCACACACACUUAGACAUAAUUUACAAACUAAGCAUUUGUGUUUAGUGAGUGCCACAUCAGAGGCAAAAGGGAUGACCAGGUAUGUUCUCUUGAUAAGUGCAUGAAUUUGACCAUUUUCCUGACCUGCUAGUAACAAGUACUUUUGUGUGUCAGGGAAAAUGUAUGGAGUAAAAAGUACGUAAUUUUCUUUAGGAAUGUAGUGAAGUAAAAGUUGUCAAAUACAGAUUCUGCAAAAAACUACUUAGUACUUCAAAAUACUUUUACUUAAGUACUUUACCGCACUGCUUAAUUGUCGCAUCUAUCUCUUUGGCGACAGCUUCCGCUUUAAAUCCAGCCUGGGACAAAGCCGUCACGUACUGACGAGCAACCAGAGUCCCACGCAGUGCAUUCUCUGAGACAGGGCAAUUUUUAUCAAGGAAAAUGGAUGUGUGUACUGAAGAUGUUUUCCUUCAAAUUAGUUUUGAAUGUUAUGGACGAUUAGUGUAUCGUGCUUUAUAAAACUGUGGUGAUUAUUAAUAGACUAAAGCCUAUUUAUUAUAAACCCAGAUGAAAUCGGGUUUACUGAAAUAUUUGUGUUAGGCCUAAAUAAAAUUCGCAUCGCAUUCUAGAAUUUUUUUGCCUGUCCAAACAAAAAUACUUUUAAGAUUGUGUAUAAAGUUUAUGAUUCAAAUAUGUACUCGCGCCUCGUCAUAUUCUUUGGAUAUCUAUUUAAAGUUAUGCGUCUCUGCCAAUGUAUUUUAUCUACGAUGUCGUCUACCCUCGGCCAUAUUGUCUAUUUAGCAGAUUGAGCGAUGAUGGAAUGACUGUCUGUCUACUUUGCGAAAGUGGGACUGUUUUGAAAUUGAAUGUGUUGGCGACGUGCCAUGCCCAAGAGAUUAUGGAUUGCGCAAAUUUAACGGUGGUCGUCCCAUCUCAUUCAUCUGACUAUUGUAUUGGCCUGCCCUGUAUCAUCUUUACGGCAUGGACAAUUAUAUUUGUUUUUCUAGUAAUCCAAAAUAUUAUAAUUGAAACAAUGCAUUGUUCAUGGCCUACACGGAUGACCUUGCCAAACGGAUAAGGAUCAAGCGAAUUAUCGCUCAAUGUAUUUAUGCACACCGUGGCUGGAGGACGAUGUCAUUCAACAUUCACUUGCAAUAGAUGAACAAUUUUGCGGCACUACCCUGUACUUUAUUCUUUCCACCUUGACUUCACCAUUAUGGCAUUUGAGGAAUAAAACUGUAUUUCAACCAUUGACCCAUAAUGUCUUUGCAUGACUUAAAAAAGAAGUUACUCCUAACUCAUUGGCCAUAUUGCUGCAGCUAUCAUCCCGAGAAAGAAUGAUGUUGGUAACACUGCCUAGGAAUUAAAACCCUCUUCAUAACACAUUAUGCGCUAUGCAUAAUGGGCAGUGUUUAGCACUGCCCAUAUACUGGAUACAUAUCGUCUAUAGUCAUCAGAGAAGCAGGACAAGUGCACCAGAUGGAGCCUGUGACAUUACAGGAUUACAGGAUAACUCCUUUAACAGUCUGCAGUCAAAUUUGGCAUCCGAUUAGCAGAGCCUUCACCAGGCCGUUGGAGCACAGGGAGGAGAGGAAGAGCUGCAGCAAACUACAGUAGAACUCUGUGCCGUCACUGUGGCGCUUUUUGUAGUGCACCCUCGUUUUGGGCCUGUGUCACAUGCACUGAUUGUAGUGCCGCAGCUCACCUAUCUGAUUCCUCCCACCUGCCCUGUCUGGAUUUGGAUACAGCCGUUGUGUGAGGUGUUGUGGAUGCAGGGGGAAGGCACCGUAGCUCUCGUCUAGUCUGACAUGUUGAUUACAUGGUGGUAUUUAUACCUCGCAGCUCGGAGCAUCGUCAAACAAACGUUGAACAUGGCCUCUAUCCUUCAGAAGCUCAUCACUCCCCUGUUCAGUGGGACCCCUGAGCCCGCCAGGAACAAGGUGACCGUGGUGGGGGUCGGCCAGGUGGGCAUGGCCUGUGCUGUCAGUAUCCUGCUCAGGGAGCUGGCUGAUGAGCUGGCCUUGGUGGAUGUGAUGGAGGACAAGUUGAAGGGAGAAAUGAUGGAUCUGCAGCAUGGCAGCCUCUUCCUCAAAACGCCCAAGAUAGUCGCCAGCAAAGACUACUCUGUGACGGCGAACUCUCGUAUCGUCGUGGUAACAGCGGGCGUUCGUCAGCAGGAGGGAGAGAGCAGGUUGAACCUGGUUCAGAGGAACGUCAACAUCUUCAAACACAUCAUCCCUCAGAUCAUAAAACACUCCCCCAAGUGCAUCAUCAUCGUGGUCUCCAACCCAGUUGAUGUGCUGACCUACGUGACCUGGAAGUUGAGCGGCCUUCCCAAGCACCGUGUCAUCGGCAGCGGCACCAACCUGGACUCUGCCCGUUUCCGUUACCUGAUGGCCGACAAACUGGGCAUCCAUGCUACCAGCUUCAACGGAUGGAUCCUGGGAGAACACGGAGACACCAGUGUCCCUGUGUGGAGCGGCACUAACGUAGCAGGCGUUAACCUGCAGACACUGAACCCUGACAUCGGUACUGAUGCUGACCAGGAGAACUGGAAGGAGACUCACAAACAGGUGGUUGACAGUGCCUAUGAGGUGAUCAAGUUGAAGGGCUAUACUAACUGGGCCAUUGGCCUGAGUGUAGCUGACCUCACUGAGAGCCUCAUCAGGAACAUGAACAGGAUCCACCCUGUCUCCACCAUGGUGAAGGGCAUGUACGGGAUCGAUGACGAGGUGUACUUGAGCCUGCCGUGCGUGCUGAAUGCUGGGGGCGUGGCCAGCGUGAUCAACAUGACCCUGACGGACGACGAGAUCGGCCAAAUAAAACAGAGCGCUGACACACUGUGGGACAUCCAGAAGGACCUGACUGACGUGUAGCGACACUAACAGAACACCAAGGGGCGCCACAUUCCACUCAACCCCUAGGCUGUGUCCCAAUAAUAUCUCCUUUCUCCUCUUGUGUGCAUUCGUUCACUACUUCCCACAAAUCUAAAAUCAAGUGCACACUUUGGGAGAAAGGAGAGAUAAUUGGGACAUAGCCCCAACUCUCCUUAUCACCUAUUACUCAACAUAUGCCACUUAGCAGACGGACGCUUUUAUUUAAAGCGACUUACAGUAAUGUGAGUGCAUAUAGUUCUAAUAUGUGUUUUUGAUCCGUGUGGGAAUUAAACCCACAGCUUUUGCAUUGCUAGCCUCGCUCUUAAAGAGCAACUGCCCCUAUAAACAACUUCUCAUUUAUAAAACCGCCUAUGUGGCAAAUUUACUACAAAGUGUAAAUGGGAUCAUUUUUGGUCAUAAAGUCAGUCUCAUCCAAAAUGUUGUGAGACUUGUGGUCGUGACUGCAUCACAACGUAAAUGAAGGUUAGGUUUGUUUCAUUCCUGCCCACAGCUGGCAGCACUCAAUUAAUCAUCAAUUUGGGAGGUGAAGCUGCAAAUGAUCCAAUCUUACUGCCUAUGGUAAAUUUGGGUUUACUUUGGAUAUCCAUAUUGGGCUAGUUAGGGACCAUCAGUAAAUUACACAAUGUACAUGGGCCAAUAUGUUAAUUCCAAUAGCUAAAAAUGUCAAUGACUUAAAAACCUCAAACUAAUUAUAAUUGAAAUAAAUGUAUAUACAAAUAUUGAAUGCAUUUGAUGAGAACUAAAAGGUGUUCAACGUGAAAAUAUUGUCUUUUACAUUGUAAUUUGUUGACAGUCCAUAACUAGCCCCGGAGAUAGGCUAUCCAAAGAGAAACCAACUUUGCCAUAGUCGCACACCAGCUGGCUGAAGCUAAUUGGCUAAAUAAUUUGACUAACUCUUCCCACCUGCAAACACACACAAGACACCCACAUCAUACCAGACACCGAAACCAACUCAAGUUUCAAUUCAGUCAUGGCUGCUAGCAUUUCUAAUGAACCAAAUCUAAAACGAGAGAUAAUCAGGAAGUGCAGUUGCCCUUUAACAACUGAGCCACACGGUUAAAUGACACCGGUUCCAAAAAUACACUUUCACAGUGUCACUGCUGUUAUCUUUCACACUUGUAAUCUUCAUAGCUUUCCUGGCAUCUGGGUGUUUGGUCUCAUUGUCAAGAGCAUUAGGUGUUAGGGUUACUUUGCACGUGGCUGCUUAACUGGAAAAGGUGCAGAUGGAAGCGUCUUUGUUUCCCCGAAAAAGCGCUAUAUAAAAACCGUGAAAAGUGCUAGGCUAUAUAAAAACCAUGUAUCAUUCAGAUGUCGGCAAAUGCUUCAGUCAUUUUCCCCUUUUUAAAGUGAAGGGUUAUUAAUCAUGUUGGAUGUGUAAAAUAAAAGUGUUUAUUGGUGUUGGAAUGAAUAAAGUCCUCAAUCUUUGUUUUCAGAA